AAGGCUCAGAUCGAACGAAACGGGACUCGAUAGUCGCUUUCAAUUCAGCUUUGGACAUUUCGUUCUCUGGACGACUUGACAGUACACCAAUCACGCCGCCAGCAUGAACGCCCACGCCCUCACGCUCGCGUCACCUGCCGCCAACCACCAUAUACUGGACGAGAAGCUCUCCGGCUCCAUCGUCGCUGCCACGACGGCCACACCCCGCGGCCCGCCGGCUGCAAACCUCGGUGCCCUCUCGGCUCUCCCGGUGGAGCUGGUCCAACAAGUCCUCCUCGACAUGGACUUGCGCUCGUUGGCGAACUUCCGGGCGAUCAACCGCCGCGCCGCCCACAUAGUCGACUCCUUGCCGGAGUACAAGGCCAUCCUCCAGCACGCGCCCAACACCGUACGCGGCGCCGCAGCCAUCCGUGCGGACGGCAACUUCACCUGCCGCACCCUGCACACCGCGCUGCGCACCCCAAAGUGCGAGAGCUGCGAGAGGAAUGGCGAGUACCUGUACCUCGUCACCUGCCGCCGCCUCUGCACGGUGUGCCUCGACUACGACGAGGACAACCAGCCCGUGCCGCCGGCCGAUGCGAUGCAGUGGUACGGGCUCGACCGCGCCGCACUCGACGGCCUGCCGAGCAUGCGCACCCUGCCCGGCGCGUACUCGCCCAUGGCAAGCGGGAUUGCCGGCGGGCUGACCCUGAUCGACCACAACUCUGUCCAAGGCGCCGCCCGCGAGUUCCACGGGGCCCAGCACGAGCUAACUAAGUUCGUGUUCCAGCAGGCAUUCGACUUCCGGAAUGCACUCAAUAAACUGCUGCAGCAACCAACCACGCAGCUGUAUCCACCGUGGCACCAGCGCUAUCCGUUGCGGUUUGUGGCCGUUGUUCGCGUUCCGUGGUUGAAAACCCUGCAGGAGGCGGUUUGGGGUGUUCACUAAGUUGGGUGCGAGGACAAGAGAAUUGGACUUUCAAUCGCAGGCGCAUGGGGCAACGGCCGAGUUUUCUGCGGUAUGUCUGGCCUGGCGCGGAUGUAUUGUAAACGAAGAUCGCCUAAAGAAGGGCUAAGAUGAAGCGUGGGGAGUUCACGGGAUUAAGCUCGGUCCCGGUUGAAGCUGUGUCUUGUUGUGUAUAGCCUGAUUUAUGAAUGGCAGCUCAAGGAACUCGGUAUUCAGGUUCAAAAAUAUAAUCCA